AUUAAAUCGUAAAUAUGAGAAUUCUAUCAUUAAAUAAUAAUUAAUCGUAGUUCAAGUGCUUUUUUCCUAUUGUCACAUACAUAAAUUAAAAUUAUUCAUGUGUAAAAACACUUAGACACGUUUUAAAAUCGCGUAGAAUACAGUAAUUCGCCGUUAUGAUUAUUUGCUUUGUCAACGUUCUGCGAGUUGCAACAGUCGCGUACACUUUGCUAUUGAACCUUUCAUGAACAUGCAUCUAUAAAAAACAAACUUCAAAGGAACAUCGAACGCAUGUACAUAUUGUAAAUAUUUCGGUAUAUUUGGCUUAGACCUUCCGUGAUAUCACAGCGAAUACAAUGUCGAAACGUAAGUUGUUUAACCAAAAGAUCUGCUGCUUCUGUGGACUACCAGACGACAAUGAAUUAGAAUAUGGGAAGUUUUAUGAACACGGCGAUGUUGUCACGCAUUAUUAUUGUUUAUUAUUAUCAUCAAAUAUGGAACAGAAAGGACGCGACAAUGAUGGUAUUCUGGGAUUUUUACUAUCAGAUAUACAAAAAGAGAUACGCAGAGGAAAACGUUUGGUAUGCUCGUAUUGUAAAAAAAGUGGUGCUACUUUAGGAUGUUGUAAUUCCAAGUGUAAACGGAUAUUUCAUUAUCCUUGCGGGCUAAGGGCUGGAUCCUUGAACCAAUUUUUUGGUGAAUUUAGGUCGUAUUGUCAAAAUCAUAGACCAAGACAAAAAAUAGAUUUAAAGGUGAAGAAUGAAUUAGAACAAAUCAAUGAUAUUAAAUGUUACAUAUGUUACGACAAUGUAAAUCCAACCGAUACAAUUAAUACAAUAUGGGCUCCAUGUUGUAAAAAAAAUACAUGGUUUCAUAGAAAAUGUGUUCAACAACUUGCUAUGAGUGCUGGUUACUUUUUUAAGUGUCCAUUGUGCAAUGAUAAAAAGAAGUUCCAGAAAGCAAUGCUAGAAUAUGGUAUUUUUAUUCCUAGACAGGAUGCUUCUUGGGAACUUGAACCGAACGCGUUUCAAGAACUUUUGUUCAGACACGACCAAUGCGACGCUUUAAUCUGUUUAUGUCCUAAAGGUAGAAAAUAUACCAGCUUUAAUGCAAAAUGGGAGUUAGUGCUCUGUAGAACUUGUGGAUCUCAAGGAAUUCAUAUGUCGUGCGGACAACUUAAAUGGAGUAAUCCUAUUUGGGAAUGCGCCGAAUGUAUUUCUAUUUUAGAUAAAUCCAAACCAAUUGCCAACACAGACACACCUCUUAGCAUGUUGCAGACAAUCGAGACUGAUUCGGAUGAAAGUGACAGUGACAUUUCUGUUGGUAAAGAAUUGCCUGUGCCAUACACAAUAGAUACAUUGAUACCUAUCGAGAUACAAGAAGUACCACCUACCAUUAAGUUACGUCCUGGUCCACGAACGUUUAAAUUAAGGCAACAACACCAAAUUGCUAAAGAAAUGGAAGAAUUAAAGAAGAGGAAUGGCAGACAGCAUAAUGCUGAGAAAACAAAUAUGAGCUCAAAUCAAAUAAGCGUAGAAGAAUGUGCAAAUAACAAAAACGCUUCAUCGUACAAAUCGAACUUAUCCAAAAAAGAUAUUAAGUUGGAAACUGAAUGCUGCAAAUCUGUAACAGUUUCCCCAACUAAUAAUGUUAUUAUGAUUGACAGCGACGAUGAAAUGAAUGCAUCGACUAGUACACUAGAUAAUACAAUAUUAAUUGCUGAUAUUGAUACACCUGUGCGGAGUAAUGCUUUUUCAUUAGAAAAUGAUAUCCUUAAAGAUAAAAAAAAUGAUACAACGCAGAGUUCUAGUUCGUUUAGGAAAGAAGUGUUACACCCGGACAAUGGACAACAAAAUCAUAAAUUUAAUUUAAGUGUUCCAGGAUCCAACAGACUGGAGGAACAAAAUUUGCAAGAUACGAAAGCAAUCUAUUCGAAUGAUACGAUACACUUAAACGUAGAAAGCGAUUGCAAUUCUAAUGACUCGCUUUCUAAUAUUAGAAUUAGCAAUAUUAUUUCCUUAACACACGAAGAAUUUGAAAGUGUAUCCGUUAACGAGGAACAGGAAAUCAAUCCAAAAUCUCAUUCUUCGCAUUCAAAAACCGAUGAUUUUGAAAUUCGAUUGAAAAGAACAAUUGACAAUGUUAUUACGAAUUCGUUAAAUGCAUCGGGAGACAAAUCUAAAAAGAUCAGAAGAAGUCUUAACAUAUACGAAUACGAGACGAAAUCGUUACUUGAACGUGCAGAUAUUAAGAACAGUACGAAGUCUAACGUAUUUCGAAAUAAUACUUCAGCUUCGAUAUUUGAUACAGAUUCAAUGCGAAUUAGUAGGGACUAUAAUGUCGCUAACCAUUUACCGUCCCGAGUGGAAAAGCAUUCUGUUAAAAAUGCGAAUUCUGAUAUUCAAAUACCUAACGUAAACUAUGCGAUUAAAGAAGAUAUGUCAACGGUAUUACAUAAUGCAGCCUGUUCAACGUUGUCGGAACGUAAAGAAGAAAACAUUGAGAAUGGUGAAGGACCAAUAUCUGAAGCGAGAAAUAUUGGUAGUGGUGUAAGAAAUUGUGACGCGGAUGCAGGCACCGGUCCUGCUGCUGCUGCCAGAUCGGGAUACAGAAUCCUCGCCUCUAAUGAACGAAUCGACUCGUUGCAAUCGGGAACAACGAAUCAACGGAAAUUGCAGACCAAUAUUGAGAUGGCUGCCGUUUCAAAUCACAAAACAAAUGCGAGUAGCAUCAACCAAAGAAGAGACAGAAACAGUGAAAGCGAUCACUAUCGACUGAUACCGGAAUAUAUACGUUUAUGUGAUUUAAAGUUUCGUGUAUGCAAUUCGAAUAAUUUUAUGAUGAUCUUAUAUAAUAAGUUUUCUAUAAAUAUUAAUAUGGAGACUUCCACCGUAGCGAAAAGAACUGAUAAAUUCGAUGUAUCCGCACGGAAGACAGUUCAGCAGAAGUAUAUUAAAGCGUUCGGUGAAACUUCCUCGGUUUUGAAACCCGAGAGUUCUCUAUAUAGCAGUACACCUAUCUCUAAAAGUAGAGAUACGCACAGCGUGUUUGUUAACGAUCAGUCCGAGAGUUAUCGUGACGACUCCAAAGAAAAUCUGGAUCCAAUAUCGUGCAAAAGUUUGACAAAUAAUGGUAAUAAUCAAUGCGAAAACAGUAAUGCGACAAAUUCCGUGUCGAAAACGAUCGAAGAGGAUAACCAAUGGCAUAAUCGAGAAAACAUUAAUUUAACGACCGAUAUCACAAAUAUCUAUGAUACGGAUGAGCUUGUCGCAGACGCGAACGACAAGUGCUUUUGGACUAUUAACAGUAUAAAACAAAAUGUUCCAAAGGUUGAAAGUAUUGGAAGUAUUAACAAAAAUGAUCCUUUUGAUGCAACAAAUGCAAUUUGUACAAAUAGUAAGUUUAAAAACAGGAAAAAGAACAGAAACAAAAUCCACCUUAAAAUAAGCAUCGACUUGGAAAAGAUAGAAAAUUUUAUUGACACUAAUCCACAAUUGUUUUCGAAAGACCAAAGAAAAAGCGAAGAACGAAAAAUCGGAGAAGUGGGUCUCUUGAAGGAAUGCAAUGAUAUAAGCGAAAGAAUUAGUGCAUCGAACAAACAUACUGUAAAUUCAAUGGCGGACGACUCAAAGCACCUUGGGAAUUUUUCGUUAUCUUUGACUGGAAAUCGAAUAACAGAAUUUGAACAGUUACGUAAACGAAGGUGAUGACAUGUGUGUGUGUGUGUGUGUGUGAAAAGCAAUAACAAGGUUAUAUCUGCAGAUAUUACAAAACAUUUCAACAAUUUUUCAUUGGAUCACCUGAAAUAUAAUGUAAAGUGGAUCGAUUGUCAUUUCGAGAAACGUUUCGUCGAUAGAUAACGUAAUACAAUUACAUAUAUAUAUAUAUA